UAGGAAGAUCAUUAUAUAAACAAUGUGGGUAAAAAAAAAAUAGAUUGUAGAUGUCAAGAUCAAUUCACAAUAUUGCUUUGCCUGAAAGGUAUGAGACCAGAUAUAUGAAUCACCUGGCCUGGUUAUACAUCAUGACAAUAAACUAUGAAAAAUAAAAGUAUUUGUCUGUAUGUAUUCCCAAAAAGUCACGGCCUUAUCUCUAGGUAUAAAAACUUCCUGAAAGAUUUCAUGGUCGAAAAAUUACUGUCAUUCAGCACUGAUAAAAAACCCGGUUUGUGUUUUGACUUGUGGUUUUGAUACUAGCUAGAUUUUUUUGAAGAUUGUUUUUGUUGAAGUUCUUGUUCAGUACUCUCUCAUUUGGGAAUGAAGUCAUUCAGCAUUUUGCCAUUUCUCAACCGAAAUGAUUCAUCUCCACCAGAGGAAACAACCAUUGUGGAGAUGGCUCAGUUGGUCAACUCCAAGAGGAGAGGAAUAACUAGUGGAGAAAAUUCGUCAACAUCCACAAGCUCAGCCAAUCAACAAAUAACAGAUGAAAUAGCAGCUUUAUUUGAAUGUCCAGUAUGCUUCGAAGUUGUACUACCACCCAUAAUGCAAUGCCAAGUGGGACACUUGGUAUGUGCUAGCUGCCGUCCCAAACUGUCUUGCUGCCCCACCUGCCGUGGAACACUAGGAAACAUUAGGAAUUUAGCCAUGGAGAAGGUAGCAAGUAAUUUAAUGUUUCCAUGCAAACACAAGUCUACAGGGUGUCGCAUGUCUCUAGGACUGAAUGAUAAGGCUGAGCAUGAGGAGAUUUGUGAAUUUCGGCCCUAUAGUUGUCCCUGCCCUGGUGCCUCCUGUUCUUGGCAGGUUAUGAUUCUCUUAUGCAAGAAUAACCCAAAACCAGGAAUUCUGGGUCACCUGAAAGCUUUUAUCAUUUCCGUUUCCAAGGGUCAACUAGAUAAAGUAAUGGUACACCUUCAACAUGCUCACAAGAAUAUCACAACUCUGAAUGGUGAGGACAUCGUGUUCUUAGCUACAGAGAUAAAUCUUGCUGGUGCUGUAGACUGGGUGAUGAUGCAGAGCUGUUUUGGACACCAUUUCAUGCUCGUAUUAGAGAAGCAAGAAAAAAGCGACGGACAUACACAAUUUUUCGCUAUCGUUCAGUUAAUCGGAUCUCGUAAACAAGCCGAACAUUUUGCAUACAGGUUGGAAUUGAAUGGAAACAGAAGGCGCCUAAUCUGGGAAGCUAUGCCAAGAUCAAGCCAUGAAGGGGUAGCAUCAGCUAUUAUGGGCAGUGAUUGCCUAGUAUUUGACAACUCCAUAGCCCAACAUUUUGCUGAUAAUGGCAAUCUAGGCAUAAAUGUUACCAUUUCGCUAGUAUGCUGAAAAGUAUGAGUUUGUAUUUCCUCGUGAACGUGAAAGAAGUUAAAAUGAGACUUGGGUACAUUUUUUAUGCUUAUUAUGUAAAUAGAUAGGGUUUGAAUAUUAAACUGAUCAUAUUUAUCUAAUUAUCAUUAGUUUUGAAUGAGUAUUUGAAUUUGCGGGUGCCUAUGUACAUUGUUGUUAUGAUUUUUUGUAGAUAUAAAACGCCUCUUUGUAGUCCAUACCUUAAAGGAAAUAUUGAUGAACAAACAAUGAAAUUGAACUUCUUAGAAGGAGCUAUAAUGGGUAGUCACUUUUGGAAUAAAUCCUUUGGUAGCAUCUCCUGAACUCAGAAUCAGAGUUGUGUGAUGUACAAACAAAAGUUACAUCAUGAUCUUUGACGUGAUAAUUUGUCAUGUUCCUAAAAUAUUGUGAAAAAUCUAAUAUCAGUUCAUAUGUCUUGAUGGCUCAGUAUAUGAAAUAGGGAAAAUAAUACAAUUUUCACCCACUUAAUUCAAUAUUUGAGUUUGGGAAAUUCCAAUGGGUACAUUGUGAAAGUGACCAACCUGUAUAAAUGCUGCAUUACAUAAUCAAGUUGGCCCCACCAUGAUUUUUUGUAAUAUGUUUGAGAUUACAAAAACGACAACAGAAUAUUUUGUGGUUUGCAUAAGUAGAAAUGGACUAUUAUUGCUUAUUUUGAUCUGUUCUGGUAUAUAGUUUAUGUUUAUUGUGACUGAUGUUGUAUUAUAGGUAAUUGUCUUAUUUAUAGAUGUGCUUUUGAGUAACACUGUCUCAUUUUUACUUUAUUUUACUUUCAUGAUGCCAGAGUUUAGUUAGUGUAAACGAAAUAAACUACAUGCAUUCAUCUUAUUUAUAUUUAUCUGUUAUAUUUUGGUUUUAUAAUCACUAUUAUUUUCCUACACAAUCACUAAAUGAUAAUACUAGGAAGAGAAAUCCUUUCCAUGUAUGUACUAUUUUUCAAUAAUUGUAUCCAAAUGCAAACAUUAUUAAAUUUAACUAAAGAUAUGUUCCAACUGGGACUAUUUCUAAAUGGAUAUUGAAUAACAUGUUGAUACCUCACAGCUGACAAAUUGAUUGUUGGUAAAUGCAUCAAAAUCGAUAAAAUCGACCCGACCUCAAAACAUGUUCGCUUUUCAAUAGGUACCAUGUGUCUAUUAUAUUUUGAUGGAAUUAUUAU